CUCCUUUUAUGCUUCUCUUUGCUCUCUUCUCCAAUUCCAAUUUUUUUUUAUAAUCUUCGAUCUCGAUUUCUAUCAAUUUUGUGAUUUUCCAGUGUUGAGCUUUUAGGAAUAUUGAUUUUAUUUAAUUUGUGAUUUGUGAUUUGGAUGGAUGGCUGGUAUGUGCUGUGAAGUGAAUUUAGCUGAGACGGAGACGACCGCCCCGGUGCAACCGGCCUCGAGGUCUGCGAGGCGGAGGGGGGUGGAAAUCCAUCAAUUUAAGUUCGAUUCCGCGGUGGCGCCGCCGCUCGCCGGCGCUGGAAAGAGAAAGCGUCAGAAAUUCGAUGCUGUUGUUCCGGUUUUGCCACCUAGAGAGUGUGAGAUUCGGAGUGAUCAGCUCGCCGGCGAGGCGGAGCCGGAGGCGAAGCAGCUGCGUGUAUCGGUGAAGCCGACGGCAGCGGCGAUUGAGACGGAGGUGGCUCCGGAUUAUCCGAAGUUCGGGAUGACGUCCGUUUGUGGACGGAGACGAGAUAUGGAAGACGCUGUCGCGAUUCACCCCUCUUUUAGCGGUCCAAACCCUAAUUUCCCCGACGGAAUGCAUUUCUUCGGCGUCUACGACGGCCACGGCUGCUCGCAUGUGGCCACAACGUGCCGAGAUCGGAUGCACGAGAUCGUGAAGGAGGAGCUCGAGGCCGCAGGCUCGUCGUCGUGGGAGCGAACCAUGAGCGAAAGCUUCUUAAAAAUGGACAAGGAAGUCGGUAGCUGCAGCAGCGGACGAGACGGCGCCUGCUGCGCCUCCGCCUGCCGCUGCGAGCUCCAGACUCCGCAGUGCGACGCCGUCGGAUCCACCGCCGUGGUCGCCGUCGUCACUCCGGAUAAGAUCGUCGUUUCGAACUGCGGCGACUCCCGCGCCGUGCUCUGCCGCAACGGCGUCGCGAUUCCUCUCUCCGUCGAUCAUAAGCCGGAUCGGCCAGAUGAACUCAACCGGAUCCAGGAAGCCGGCGGCCGCGUCAUUUUCUGGGAUGGACCUCGAGUUCUCGGAGUUUUAGCCAUGUCUCGCGCAAUAGGUGAUAAUUAUCUGAAGCCGUUCGUGAUAUCGGAGCCGGAGGUGACGAUCACGGAGAGGACGGCGGAGGACGAGUGCCUGAUUCUGGCGAGCGACGGGCUGUGGGAUGUGGUGUCGAACGAGACGGCGUGCGGGGUGGCGCGUAUGUGCCUGCAGUCGCGGAAGCCGCCGUCGCCGCCGAGGUCGCCGGGGAGCGAUAUGACCGUUACGGCGGCGGGGGAGAGCUCCGAUAAAGGCUGCUCCGACGCGUCAAUUCUGUUGACGAAACUGGCCCUGGCCCGCCACAGCACUGAUAACGUGAGCGUGGUGGUGGUGGACUUGAGGAAAAGCUGUUGAAAAAUAAUGGCGAUGGGCUUUUUCGUAAUUUCAUCUCCCAUUGGAUGAAGCUAGUGGCAUAUAAGUAGGUGACGUUGCUGUAUACGUGGUAUAAUGAUAAUCAAAGGGCGUUAUUAUAUGGAAUAUUAUGAUAUUAAUAUAUGAUUUUCAAGGAUUAGUUUUUAGUAAAUAGCUAUUUUAUUUGAGUUGUUUCAAGAAUGUAAUGAUCCAGCUGAUCAAAUUCAGCUUUUCUCGAAAUGAUACUGUAAUAUUUUACUGCA